AUGCAGAAGAAGUUCGACGCCCCUUCUAUUUCGGUCCUUGCAAUCCCUCCGGGAAGAAAGUGCCUUCGCUCUGCUACGCUUAGACUGCUACCCCAGACAUGGGGCCGGAGCUCACUACGAAAGCUCCUACCGAUCACGCUUAGCUAUCGAUACACUCAGUAUGUGACCAUCUAUCUACUAACCAAACUCCCACUUUCAAGAGAGAGAAGAGCUGCAACCUAUUCUCUGCUUUCGGGCGAUUCUCCGCUUUCGUUAAAGAGCAAUCUGAACAAUUUGGGUUAUUAUUCCGUUGGUACUGAGCAAGCGAUGGUUGUCUCAGUCUUGGACCGACAGUGUGUCAAUGUAGCCCUUGAAGGUGGGAUUGUACCGGAAGCUAAGGGGGGAACGUUUCCAGAGGCUGAAGGAGGGUUCCAAACCUCUAAUAUUGUAAAAAAUUCACAGUCUGCACACUCUGUAGCCCCUGCACCAUCUGAAAUAGGUGACUGCCUAGUUGGAAAAUCUGUCACUACCAAGUUGAUUGAAGAAGACCAAAGGAGUGGACCUAGGUCCUCUUGUGGACUUGAAGCAAGGCCUAUCAGCCCCUCCUCCGGCCAUGAACUUCAUAUUGCUUUAGGGUUGAUUAAGCUUACUAAACAGAAUAUUGAGCCCAUGAAAGAAGGAGUCUAUAACAUACCUAAUGGGAUUACAGAAAUAGGCUAUAAGAGAUGGAAAAAUGUUGUGGUAGGGUAUUUCCUUGCUUACUUGAACAAGGCACUCCCUUUGAAUCUUGUGAAAGAAUGGGCUUCUAAGACUUGGGAGCAAGCUCUUGAAGAUGUCAUGCUCCUUGAUAAUGGCUUCUAUGUUUUUAAAUGGAGGAGUGAAGAAAAUGGCAAUGCUGUCCUAGGCGUAGGACCAUACCAUAUAGCUGGGAAGCUUNUAUCCUAG